AUGUUUUUAGACCGUUUAAUUCGUGAAAUAUAUGCCAAAUUAUGUUCAGGUGUUGAAGGCUUCAAGAGCGUCGUAGACCGUGUCAUCAGCAGGGUGAAGCAGUACAAUGAGAAAGUUGUAGACUCAAAUGACAAGGUAAGUGAACCGAUUAAUGAACUAUUAGGUAAGGUGAGAGACGAGUAUACCAAGUCAAUUACUAGCAUUCCAGAUAAAACGGACUUGAAAAUCAUGACUCCAGAAGAAAUCGGCAAGAUUGUCUCGCCCGUUGAUAAGUUGAGAGAUGCGUGCAUAAGCAGCGCAAAGUCAUUUGACACCAAACUUACUAAGUUAACUAAGCAUAUUAAUGAUCUUAAUUAUAAAUUGCGUGACAGUGUAAAAACUACGCGUGAGCGUAUUCAGCUUGAGACUGCACGUGUUGAGGCGAUGUCCAAAAAGGAACGCGAGAACUACGACGCGGUUAUAAAGCUGCUCGAAGAUUCCGCAGAAAACUUGAAAAAAGUGGUAAACCAAAAAGUUAAGAAUGAUGUGAGUUCGCUAGUCGCGGAGUUGAAGAGAAGGGUUUCGGAGAUUUUGAAAAAGCUGGAGACAAUUUUUUCCAGUUUGCAGCAGUAUGUCAGCAAGUUGCAGGAAUGGAUUAAGAAAGCAGAUGCCGACGUUAAGUCGGCACACGCGCAGGUUGAAAGUAUAUUGAGGGAAGUGAAUGAGAAUCCCAUGUCGGCAAACAGGCAGAAUGUCGAGGCCGCCGCACUGCAGUUGAAAGGAAAAGCGGAGGAGUUGUUGGCUGCAGGACAGAAGGCAAAAGAGAACGUUGCGGAAACAGUAAAGCUGGCGCUUGCGGAUGUGAAGAAGAUGGACGAGGCGCUUAAAGGGGAUUUGUAUAAGGUGAAGGAUGCUGUUCAGGAGAAGGUAAAGGGUAUUAAGGAGGCGAUCAACGAUGUGACUGAAGAGCUGAAAAAACAUUUUCCAACGGAGGCUGAUAACAAAGUGACGCUUGAAACAACGAAAACGUUCAACGAAUACAAUACCUACGUCGACCAACAACACCUGACUGCCCUUUCCGACCCUGACUUCGACGCCAUCAAAGCAGCAGGCACCCUCCCCGCGGCGAUCGGUGCGAUUAAGACAAAAGUGGAGGAGGCUUUGUCCAAAAUCGACGAAAUGAGUAGUCAAGCCGACACCCAUUUCAACGAGGUUACAACCAGACUCCACGACCUCUGCGAAGCAAUUAAGGUGCCAGCGUACAACGCAAACACAACGCUGAAAGUGUUGAAAGAUACGCAUUUCGCGGAUUAUGUAAAAGGUAGCAAGCGUGCAGAUGACAGCAUUAAAAAAAUUGCGCAUGAGCUAAAUGAGCUGAAAAGCAACCUCGACACCGGUGCAAUCACUGACGCCCGUAGGUUACUUGGUGACAUUCCCAAAUUGGAAGACGAACUUGUCAAAAGGGUCACCCAGUUCGUCACCUGCGAAGUCAAUGUCGUCAAAAAGGAGCUCGCCUCACGCAUCGUCCAGAGCCACGUGACGGUCGUCAAGCUGUUGCUACAGCAAUUUGUCGCCAAGCUGCAGUCGGAGUUAGAGAAACUGCCGGACGCCAUAGAAAAUGACAAGCAUAUCGGAUUCAAGGGUUUCAUGGAGAAACUCUACAACAGCUUCAACGAAAACAUCGUUCCUAAAAAGGAGACAAAAAGUGUCCGUGAUCUGUCCUUCGCCUUCAACAAUUUUUUCACCGCAAUAAACCAUUACCUCCAGCAGGAGAUCACUAGGCGUAACGAUGAAGAGAACAGAAAGAAGAAUCCUUCCCUCCCGAAGACACCGGAUCCCUACGCAUCGAAGCUCACAGCUGUGUACACCGCGCUUGGCAACGUACUCAAACACAUCACCGACAAGAAUUAUUAUGACUAUAAGAUACCCGGUCUACUCGAUGAGCUGAUGAACGCUGUCAAUGGUCUCACGCCGCAAGAUUUUGCCGAUCCGAACACUGCCAUCCUUGAUGGCAUACGUGUUGGUCUGCGCGGUUUCGUUAACGAGAUGAGGAAGGCAUACAUAUCCUCUUAUGACUGUGCGAAAGGAAUUACGUGGGAUGGUACUUUUACGGACAAAGCACCUGAGGAAAGCAGAAAUGGUGUGAAAGUCUUCUUGACAAUUCAAAAGAUGCUUUCCGAUGACCUGACUGAGUUGUAUACGCAGUUGACUGAAAAGACUGUGUUGCGGGGGCUCAAAAUAUACGCAUCUUCUGAUGACAAGGAAAACACGCUAGGUGAUCUACUGCAAAAAUGCGGGUAUAAAUUAGGCAGUGAGAAUGGUAGGCAGGAUGGCGAGGUUCAGUGCUCUGCUAAAAUGAUGGGCAGAAACAUACUUGGUCACCUUACGCAAAAUAUUCAAAACGCGCACUAUAAUGAACAUCUUAAGCAGUGCAGACCAAAUAGGAAACGGUACAACUUCGGACUAAUCGAUAUAAUAGCGUGCAUCUUCCAACAUGUAAAUCAAUACUACACUGUCUGUCACCUACCAACUGUACAGUCAUCUAAGCUGCCAUGCAACAUUUACCAGAUGCUCUCAUGGCUCUGUGGCUUAACAUAUAAUCAAGUGUACCCGCAACUAUCGCUUAACGCAUUUAGCGAUUUGUUCGAUAAGGGUGAACAAUCUGCGCCAGCAGACAGUGAGGACGUAUCCUUCGUUGACGAAACUGCCGACGCAUUGCCAGCUUAUCCACAUGAAGUCAGCGUUGCAAAUCUCUCGACCACACUUAUGGAGGUAUGCCAUCAUUCGUAUGAGGUAUUGUGUGCAAUACUAGGCCACGGACACGCAGGUGGUCGUUACGCCUGUGAUUUCAAUACGAACCCGGACAAGUUGUCAUAUCCAAGUAAUCCGUCAAAGUGUCUAGACCUAUGCAUAGAAAUACUGAUUAGACUAUAUAAUCAACUCUACUUCAUAUACGUUCAGUGUCAUCGUGCAUCAAACGCUGUAUCGUGGCGUGAUUGUUAUUAUGGUCGGCACGUGGGCGGUUCGUCAUGGGAGUGCAAUGAGAUACAAUGCGCUGACCUAAUUGCCAACCAAAGAGGUGCCCAAAAGUGUAACCAAAACGCUGACCAAACGUGUGAGCAACACCCGAAGUGUGGCAUAAAGUCGCCUCUGCAGUCAUUCUUGGAGGAUGGUCUGCCUGGGUUUCUCCCUCACCCCUUCAAAACACCCAAUUGCAAACUAACUUGCGAAGCGCCAAACCAUCGUGGCAUACCAUGCAAAACUCCAAUGGGCUUUGCAGAUAUCAGUGUAACGGCGUCACAUACAAAAAAAGGAUCGCAUCUCGCAGAUGCUUUAGCAGCCUUCUGCGGUACACCUAAUACACCCUUGGCUGCAAUCUGCGCCUCACUUACGUGCUUGUUACAGCGAGCUCCGCGGACCUUGGACGACAUGUUCUCAUUCUACUACCAUCUACUUAAAGGUUGGAAUG